UGUGCACUUCUGCCGCGACCCAUUGCCAGCGAUAAUUCAGGUAUAAAAGGAAGCGUGUGUCCAAUGGACUAUCAGUUUCGACAUUGAACUUAUCCAAGUGAUUACCAAAGCCUCUUAACCACAUUUAAUACAAACACAAAAUGGACUUUUACUAUGUGCCUCCAUCUCCCCCCUGUCGCGCCGUCCUGAUGGCCGCAAAAGCUUUGGGAGUCGAAUUGAAUAAGAAGUUGCUGAAUUUGUUUGCUGGAGAGCAUUUGAAGCCCGAUUUUCUUAAGAUCAACCCACAACAUACAGUCCCCACAUUGGUGGACGGUAGUUUCGCAAUUUGGGAAUCCCGUGCCAUAAGUAUUUACUUGGCCGAAAAAUACGGUAAAAACGAUUCGUUAUACCCGAAAUGCCCGAGGAAGCGUGCUGUCAUCAACCAACGUCUCUUCUUUGACGUCGCCACAAUAUAUCAGGCCUUCAUUGAUACAUACGUCACGCAGUAUCUCUUCAAGCAACCCGUCGAUGCGGAGAAGUACAAGAAGAUCGACACAGCUUUUGAGUUGUUGAACACCUUCCUGGAAGGUCAGAAUUAUGUUGCUGGAGAUUCUUUUACUCUGGCUGAUAUCUCACUAUUGGCAACGGUCUCAUCUUAUGAUGUUGUCAACUAUGAUUUCAAGAAAUAUGUCAAUGUGGCCAGAUGGUACGAAAACUUGAAGAAGACUGCACCUGGCUGGGAAGAAAACUGGGCUGGCUGUUUGGAAUACAAAAAGCUGUUGGGUCUUUAAGUUUAGAAUACUUAAUAUUUUAGUUUUGUGAGCAACGGUGGAUUGUAUAAUAUAUUUAAAUAAAUAUUGAGUAUUUCACGAAA